AUGCGCCCGUCUGUGUCUGUCCGUGGGCUGGGAGCUGCCCCCACCUGCUGUGGCGGGGGGGAGACCCUUCGUGCCCCUGGUCCCCUGGGGGACUGCUCCCUGGGGCUCCUCUCUGGGGGUGACCAGUGCAAUGUGCCCGGCCAUCUCCCAGUCCCUCCCAGUCUGCUGUUGCACUUGCCCCUGCUGCUCGUGGAGGGGCGUGACACGGGGUGGCUGCCCCCACCGUGGGACCAAGGCGAGUCUGGGGGUGAUGCCCACCCCACCGGCCCCAGCUUCCAGGGCAGCCGAGGGCAGUUCGGCCGUGCCGGGGACGUGCUGUCCCACCCUGCCCGCACUGGGACCCCGGCCUGGGGCCCUGCAGCCGCUCAGGGGGCGUUCGGCUCCGUGUUCUGCCGUGGAGGUGCGGGGGGGCGGGGCGCUGGGCGCUGGCUGUGGGCCGCUUCCUGCCUCCUUGGUCCCCCCGGUGCCACCCAGCUCCCCAUCAGCCGUGGGGCCGGGAGUCACGGUGGGCGGGUGGCACUCGCACCGGCUGCUGGCACAAGGCAGGUGGGUGGCCGUGCCGUCGCAGUGGGCUCGGGGGUUGUGACCCUCCGGCAAGCCUGCAUCCUCGCCAGCAUCUUUGAGACGCUGGGCUCCGUCCUCCUGGGAGCCAAAGUCAGUGAGACCAUCCGGAAGGGACUGAUUGAUGUGGAGAUGUACAACUCCACACAGCAGCUGCUGAUGGCGGGUUCGAUCAGUGCCAUGUUUGGAUCUGCUGUGUGGCAGCUAGUGGCUUCGUUCUUGAGGCUCCCCAUUUCAGGUACCCACUGCAUUGUUGGAGCAACCAUUGGCUUUUCACUGGUGGCCAAAGGGCAAGAAGGUGUCAAGUGGUCCGAGCUGCUAAAGAUCGUGUUGUCCUGGUUCGUCUCGCCCCUCCUUUCAGGCAUCAUGUCUGCCAUCCUCUUCUUCCUUGUCCGGAGGUUCAUCCUCCGUAAGGCAGAUCCUGUUCCCAAUGGUUUGCGAGCUUUGCCAGUCUUCUAUGCCUGUACCGUGGGGAUCAACCUCUUCUCCAUCAUGUACACCGGUGCACCUUUGCUGGGCUUUGACAAACUUCCUCUGUGGGGUAUCCUCCUAAUUUCGGUGGGGAGUGCUGUUGUCUGUGCUCUCGUCGUCUGGUUCUUUGUAUGUCCGAGAAUGAAGAAGAAAAUCGAACGUGAGAUCAAAUCAAGCCCUUCUGAAAGCCCCUUGAUGGAGAAGAACAUCAGCCCCAAGGAGGACCACGACGAGCCCCGGGUGCCCCUGGGUGAUGCCAAGAGCCCCGUUGCUGAUGUGGGGUCAGCUGCACCCCACCGGGCAGUGGUGGAGGAGAGGACAGUCUCCUUCAACCUGGGGGACCUGGAGGAGGCCCCGGAGCAGGAGAGGCUUCCCAGCCUCGACCUGAAGGAAACCAGCACUGACAGCGGAGCCAUGCGGCUGCCCAACGGCAACCUCGUCCAGUUCAACCAGGCCGUGGGCCACCAGAUGAGCUCCAGUGGGCAGUACCAGUACCACACCGUGCACAAGGACUCUGGCCUCUACAAGGAGCUGCUGCAUAAACUGCACCUGGCCAAGAUGGGGGACUGCAUGGGGGACUCGGGGGACAAGCCCCUGCGGCGCAACAACAGCUACACCUCCUACACCAUGGCUAUCUGUGGCAUGCCCCUGGACUCCCUCCGGGCCAAGGAGGUGGAGGAGAUGGAGAAGCUGACCUGGCCCAUGGCGGACACCAAGAAGAGAGUCCGCAUGGACAGCUACACCAGCUACUGCAAUGCAGUGGCAGAUGCCCACCCGGCAGCUGAUGUGGAUCUCAACGCUGCCCAAGUGGAGACAGGAGUCGGUGACCACAAAGGCAGCAGGAGCUCCCUGGAAGAGUGGCAUGACCAGGACAAACCUGAGGUGUCCCUCCUCUUCCAGUUCCUGCAGAUCCUCACAGCCUGCUUUGGCUCCUUUGCUCAUGGUGGCAAUGAUGUCAGCAAUGCCAUAGGGCCCCUGGUUGCACUCUACCUGGUCUAUCAGACAGGUGAAGUGGCAACUCCCAUCUGGCUGCUGCUCUAUGGAGGUGCAGGGAUUUGCAUUGGCUUGUGGGUCUGGGGGAGGAGAGUCAUCCAGACAAUGGGGAAGGAUCUGACUCCCAUCACACCAUCGAGUGGCUUCAGCAUUGAGCUGGCAUCUGCCCUGACGGUGGUGAUCGCCUCCAAUGUUGGCCUCCCUAUCAGCACAACCCACUGCAAGGUGGGCUCUGUGGUCUCGGUGGGCUGGCUGCGUUCCAGGAAGGCGGUGGACUGGCGCCUCUUCCGCAACAUCUUCAUGGCCUGGUUUGUCACUGUCCCCAUCUCGGGUCUCAUCAGUGCUGCCAUCAUGGCUGUCUUCAAGUAUGCGAUCCUGAAGGCUCACGCUGCUCCUGCUUCCCUGCUGCCACCCUCCCCUCCAGGAGUGGGGGAGGCUCGUCCCACCGUGGCAUGGAGCUCCCUCAGUUCUGCAUAGUGUUGUCACUGAAGUAUCUUCUUUUUUUUAAAUGUCUUGGCGCUAAGUUUGUAGGGGGGGUGUGCAGCACUGAGACUGUGCCUGCCCUUGGGGUGCCUGCCUUGCUGUGCUGUAGUUUUAGAUUAGCAGUUAUGGGAGGCCACUUUUCCUAAUUAAAAUCAUCAAAAAUAA